AUGCGGCGAUGUACUAGAUUUACAUCUGUUGUUGUGUUUUUGAUGGUUUGUGCCGCCCUGGUCAGUGUUAUAAAUGUCUUUCUUAGAACGAAACUCCAUAUUGCUUAUGGGCCAGCUUCUGGUUUAUAUUUUAUAGGAUAUAGAUCAAGAGGAGAUCUGUCGUUGGAAUUUUGUCAGGCUGUUCCAGAUUUACUUGUAGGAAGACUAAACAUUGACCUUGGGGCGGCACUAAAAUCUCCACCUCCACCGGCACUCCAGGAUGUGUUGGUAGGUGGCGCAUGGAGUCCGAAGAUCUGCGUUGCUAGACAACGGAUUGCAAUCAUCAUACAUUUUCGUGACAGGCAGAAACAUUUGGAUAUUUUAGUAUACAAUCUUAUUCCGGUAAUGAAACGACAGAAAGUGUCCUUCCGAAUAUUUGUUGUAGAACAGUACGGCAAUAAAACUUUCAACAAAGGUCGGCUUAUGAACAUCGGGUUCACGGAAGCGCGGAAGCACGGUGAGUUUGACUGCUUUAUCUUCCACGACGUCGAUCUAGUACCGGAAGACGACAGAAAUAUGUACACCUGCUCUGAGAACCCUCGUCAUAUGUCCCCGGCCGUGGAUAAAUUUAAUUAUACACUGCCAUACAAGGCGCUGGUGGGUGGGGUACUCAGCAUCAAGGCAGAACAUUUCUUCAAGAUCAACGGAUAUUCGAACCUUUACUGGGGCUGGGGCGCUGAGGAUGACGAUUUGCAUAAAAGACUUUUAGCCUCGAAGAUAAGUGUUGAUCGACCCCCAAUCACUAUUGGACGGUAUAAAAUGAUAAAACACGACAGAAAAGAUGUUUCCCAAGUCAGAUUGCAGUUAUUGAAAACAGCGAAAACACGUUACUUAAAGGACGGCCUUAAUACUUUGGAGUACAAAUUGGUUGAAACCCGGCUUGAGAAGUUGUACACACGUAUAAUAGCGAAUGUGGGUGAUCCUCCGAAGAAUCAGACUGAAUAUCCAAAAACGGAUGUUGGUGAUCCGCCGAAGAAUCAGACUGAACAUCCAAAAGCGGUCCUGGAUAAUCCGCCGACAAAUCUAACUGAAUAUUCAAAAGCGGAUGAGGGUGAUCCCCCGAAGAAUCAGGCCGAAUAUCCAAAGGCGGGUGUUGGUGAUCCGCCGAAGAAUCAGACUGAACAUCCAAAAGCGGUCUUGGAUGAUCCGCCGAAAAAUCGAACUGAAUAUCCAAAAGCGGAUGAGGGUGAUUCCCCGAAGAAUCGAACUGAAUUUCCAAAAGCGGAUGUGGGUGAUCCGAAGAGCAAUCAGACUGAAAAUCCAAUAGCGAAUGUGGGUGAUCCGCCGAAGAAUCAGACUGAACAUCCAAUAGCGGUCUUGGGUGAUCCACCGAAGAAUCGAACUAAAUAGCCAAACGCGGAUGUGGGUGAUCCGCCGAGCAAUUAGACUGAGAAUCCAAUAGCGAAUGUUGGUGAUCCGCCGAAGAAUCAGACUGAACAUCCAAUAGCGGACUUGGGUAAUCCACCGAAGAAUCGGACUGAAUAUCCGAAAGCGGAUGUGGAUGAUCAGCCGAACAAUCAGAUUCAAUAUCCAAAAGCGGAUGUGGGUGAUCCGCCGAACAAUCAGACUCAAUAUCCAAUAGCGGAUGAGAGUGAUCCGCCCAACAAUCUAAUGUGAUGGUGUUUUAUUUUGUAUGGAUACUUUUCUUGAACCAGCAUAAUUUUACCCUUAUAUAUUAAUGGGAAUGGGUUUUUUAGAGAGAGAGGAGGGGGGACUACUUGCAACGUUUAUGGUUCAUAUUUGCAGGGACAUGUAAAUGUCCUUAUUGUA